CACCCACUGUAUACCCACACAUCCCAGCCAUUCCCAGGGUGACUGCUUGGCAUGGCACAGGCCUCGGGGAUGGAUCCACUUGUGGACAUGGAGGAUGAGAGGCCAAAGUGGGACAACAAACUCCAGUACCUCCUGAGCUGCAUCGGUUUUGCUGUGGGGCUGGGCAACAUAUGGAGGUUCCCCUACCUGUGCCAGACCUACGGGGGAGGGGCCUUCCUCAUCCCUUAUUUCAUCGCCCUGGUCUUUGAGGGGAUCCCGCUUUUCUACAUUGAGCUCGCCAUCGGCCAGCGCCUACGAAGGGGCAGCAUUGGGGUAUGGAGGACCAUCUCCCCCUACCUUGGUGGAGUAGGCCUGGGCUGCUUCUCAGUGUCCUUCCUGAUCAGCCUGUACUACAACACCGUUCUUCUGUGGGUCCUAUGGUUCUUCCUCAAUUCCUUCCAAUACCCACUGCCCUGGAGCACAUGCCCACUGGAUCUCAACAGGACAGGCUUCGUGCAGGAGUGUCAGAGCAGUGGCACUGUGAGCUACUUCUGGUACCGGCAGACUCUGAACAUUACAUCGGACAUCAGCAACACAGGCACUAUUCAGUGGAAGCUCUUCCUCUGCCUGGUGACCUGCUGGGCAACUGUGUACCUGUGUGUCCUCAGAGGCAUUGAGAGCACAGGGAAGGCAAUCUACUUUACAGCCCUGUUCCCUUACGUGGUGCUAACCAUCUUUCUCAUCAGAGGUUUGACCCUGCCUGGAGCAACAGAGGGCUUGACCUACCUGUUCACUCCCAAUAUGAAGAUUCUUCAGAAUCCACGGGUGUGGCUGGAUGCAGCCACCCAGAUUUUUUUCUCUCUGUCCCUGGCCUUUGGAGGACACAUUGCUUUUGCAAGCUACAACCCGCCCAGGAACAAUUGUGAGAAGGACGCCGUGAUCAUUGCCCUGGUCAACAGCAUGACCUCCCUGUAUGCAUCCAUCACCAUCUUCUCCAUCAUGGGGUUCAAGGCAACCAAUGACUAUGGGAGGUGCCUGGACAGAAACAUCUUGAGCCUCAUCAAUGAGUUCGACUUUCCAGAGCUUAGCAUCUCCAGGGAUGAAUACCCAGAGGUUCUCAUGUACCUGAAUGCCACUCAGGCUGAUAGACUGGCCCAACUCCCUCUGAAGACCUGCCAUCUGGAGGACUUUCUGGAUAAGAGUGCCUCAGGUCCAGGUCUGGCCUUCAUCGUUUUCACAGAAGCUGUCCUGCACAUGCCAGGCGCUUCUGUGUGGUCGGUGCUCUUCUUUGGGAUGCUAUUCACCCUGGGUCUGUCCUCCAUGUUUGGGAACAUGGAGAGUAUCAUCACACCACUAUUUGACAUGGGGAUCUUACCCAGAGGUAUCCCCAAAGAAGCCAUGACUGGGAUCGUCUGCCUUGUCUGUUUCUUCUCAGCCAUCUGCUUCACACUGCAGUCUGGAAGCUAUUGGCUGGAGAUCUUUGACAGUUUUGCAGCUUCUCUGAAUUUGAUCUUUUUUGCCUUCAUGGAGGUGGUUGGGGUAAUUUACGUUUAUGGGAUGAAGAGGUUCUGUGAUGACAUUGAGUGGAUGACUGGGCGGCGGCCAAGCCUCUACUGGCAGGUGACGUGGAAGGUGGUGAGCCCUAUGCUGCUGUUCAGCAUCUUCCUGUCUUACAUCAUCCUUCUGACCCAGACAUCGCCCAGCUACAAGGCUUGGAACCCCCAAUAUGAACAUUUCCCCUCAAGACAGGAGAAGCUGUACCCGGGCUGGGUGCAGGUCAUCUGUGUGCUCCUGUCCUUCCUGCCCUCACUGUGGGUCCCGUCAAUUGCUCUGGCUCAUCUAUUGUACCAGCACAGACGGAGGUGGAAGGAGACACAUCUGGAAAGUGAUCUGAAGCCACAGGAGAGCAGAAGCUGCUGAAGAGGAGAGCCAGGGUAGCCCAGGGUGGGGAGGUAGAUCUGUGCCACCCAGCCCCAGUCUCAUUACACUCUAUCUAUGACUGAGACCAC